CUGAAAUGCAAUGUAAUCUGACCAUUAACAACCUGUUAUGGCCGGAACAAAUGAACUGUAACAUAUAAAGAAUAGCGGAAAGUCGUAAUAAUUGCAGAUGUCUCGCAACAAGGCGGGGCGGGGGUGUUUGUGAGUGGGGGGCGGGUGAAGUUUAAUCACUCUAAACUACAGGCUACAAGACCUAGCCUACUGUUUUUUUUUUUAGAAAGGGGUGGGAGGGGGAGAUGGGUGCACCCCUGCAGUAGAGUUUUCGUGCGCCACUAAACUUCCUUAAAGUUAGUUGGAGUUUCAAGCUGUUUUGAUGGGCUCAGUGUCCGCUUGAAUCUCCUACAUUUGGAUUAGUGUAUUGCCAUUUUAACUUUUUCCGAACUAUUUCAAACUCUUUUUUAGCGAAGAUGAAAAAACACACUUACUGUGGAAUACAAUGCUUUGCCUUCUGUUUUAUGUCAGCCUUUACUUUAAUUAAUGCAUCUCCGUCCAGCUUAUUUCAGGGCAGCGCUUACUCAGGCGCAGUUCACAGGCACAGGAAUAAAAACUGGUGUGCCUUUAUUGUGCAAAAGAAUGUGAGCUGCGCAGUCCAGGGAGGCGUUGGGAGCAUCCAAGAGCCUGGGGUGGCGCCCUGUCCACCGCAUCAGCCGGACUGUGAGCAACAAGUGAUGUACCACACCCGAUUCCGGCCCACAUACAGGCUUGCGUAUAAGACGGUCACUGGGCUUGAGUGGAGAUGCUGUCCAGGUUUCCAGGGCCCAGACUGCAAAGAGGUCAAAGGCUCUCCAAACAGACAAACUAUUCUGGAGCCUCAAGCUGACCGACAAGCUCAACCUGAUUUCAGAAGAUAUGCUCAAAGACCAGAACGAAGAGACUUACCCUCCCAUGACGUGAGGCGCGCGGGUGUGGAUAAGGCCCGGCUGCUGGAAGGAGAGGUCCAGAAGCUUUCUCAGGCAGUGCAGGACCUGCAGGCAGCGAUGGCAGGCAUGAGUGACCACCUGCGCACCAACCUGCAGGAGGACACCAGCAAGAUGCUCAUCACGCUCCUCAACAACAUGCGGUCUCCAGACAGCGCCAGGUCAGGUGGCACGGAGGAGAGCCCAGGGCUCCUGGACGGGCACCUGGCUGUGAGAGGCCACGUUGAAGAGCAGAGGGGCAUCGAGGAGGUGAUGGCGAGACUGGAUGGUGUGACGGACGCGUUGAAGAGUAAAGAUGAAGCCCUGGAGGAACUGCGUGGGUCCGUGUCGGGGCACAGCGACCAGAUCCGUAUGCUCAUGGACACUUCCCAGGGGCCUCCCGUUGGAGGUGCGUCGUCUCCCGACCUGGACGUGCUGCAGUCAUACAUCGACAAAAAGUUUGACAAGCUGACAAAGGAGCUCAUGGACAACAUCGAAGACAAAAUGACGCGACUGAAAAUCAACGACAGGAUUACCUCUGUGGAGAAGUCAUGCCAUGAAGAGCACCAGAACAUCUACACUACCUUGACGGAGAUGAUGGACAACAAGCACGACGACCUGAAGAGGGAGAUCAGCUCGCUGCGUCUGGACAUUGGCGUGGCAGACGGACCCAUCCUCUUCAACCGAGACGCGUCGGCUCCGCGGCAGGACGACGACGACCACAACGGCCUGCGCCUAGAAAUACAGCGGGUGGCAGAUGCCCACCGCAUGCUCAAUGCUCGGAUGGACAACGAGCUGGAGCACCUAUCCAUGCUCCAGCUGGAGGACGUGUUCGGCCCACGCAUAGAGGAGCUGGAGGACAGGAUGAACGUGACCGAGAGGAACGCGGAGCUGCACUGCCUGUUCGUCGAGGAGAAGCUGAACAAGACCAUCGCCGACGAGGUGGCAGCCCUUCGUCUGCUCAUGGAGGAACGGCUGAAUGGCAUGGAGGACCAGUUCACGACCAUGCUGGUGGAGAUGAGCAACAACUCCUUCCCUGGGAUGUUCAGCGACUCCAUGGACGCCCUGCAAACUGAGAUCACCUCUAACAAGCUCCUCAUCCAGACCUUGGAUGAUAAGAUUAAUGCCGUGGGAGGGUUAUGCCAGACAAAGGACUGCAAGCCCAGCUUGGGAGGUUUGGAUGGAAUAUUGAGAGACGUGCGACGCUCCAAGAACGAUCUGGAGGUUCUGAGCACGGAUGUCUCCGAAAAUGCUGACAAGAUCAGACAACUGGAAGGGGCUGUGGAUAGGCUGUCAGCACGGAAUCAGGUCCUCAUGAAGAAUGCACAGGAUCUCCAGAACAGGGUCAACACCUCCACGGACAGUGCCGAUCAUCUGACGACUUCUGUUGCAGAGUUGAAGGACUCCAUGAGUAAAAUCAAGCAAGACUACCAAAGUCUGAAUGCCACCUGCUGUAGACAAGGGCAAACUCUAGCACCGGGCCCCAGCGUCCACCUGGAACCUCCAAAUGGAGCCAGCGGACAACAAAUAGAGGAACUGAGGAGCGGGUUAGCGAGACUAAACUCACACGUGACAGCAGAGCUCAGUCGCUGUAAUGACAGCAAGGCCCGCACAAAUGAAGCCGUGGCUGACAUGAACGGCCGGGUGUCCAAGCUGGAGAAGAUCUGUGGAAAGGAGGAUGGUGUUCUGGGCGCGAGGGAUGGUCUGCAGAGACCCACGCUUGGCUUGUUGGAUCCAGUCCGGCAGCUGAACAGCACUGUGAAAGCUCACACGCUGGACAUCAGAAACCUGCAGAGCUCCCUGCACAACGUCCAAACGCAGCUUUCAAGCCUAGCGAAGCACAUCGUCAAAGACGCCACAGCUAAAGAACAAGUGCCUCUAAGGCCUCAGAGACCUGUGGAUCCGUCCAUCCAGAUCCCUCCGCGUCCGCCUCAAAUCAAUCAGAUCUUCACCAUCCCCAUGCGCAUACCGAUCCAGCCACGGCAGCCCGCCGUACCCCAGCAGCCGGGUCAGCCCCGACAGCCUCAGCAGCCAGGUGUACCCCGACAGCCAUCGAUGCGGCAGCCCUCGAGUCCCCUCCACCCCAACCAGCCUCCGGUGCCCCGCAGACCGGUGCUGGAGACAGGCGAGGCCGGACCCCCUGGGUAUCAGCGCAGGGUGACCGUUAGGAGAGACCAGGACUCAGGAACUUCACAAAAGCCUGUCGUAGGAUUUGCAGGUCGCCCAGGGUACCAGCCAGUAAAUCCUGUGGCCUUCAAGACAAAUCCCUUAGCAGUGUCUCAGAUGCCAUAUAAGCCUGCCGCACACAUUCCAUUUGUAACACCAGUUGCGGCACAGAGCCACAGUCCUGGAGACUCUCUCUCCUUCUCAGCUGGACUCACCAGCCAGCCGUUCUCAGGGGACUUCAGCGUCGUCCGCUUCAACAGGGUGCUGGUCAAUGACGGAGGUCACUACAACCCCAACACAGGGAUUUUCACAGUACCCAUGGAUGGUCGUUACCUAGUCACUGCUGUGCUGACGGCCCAGCGCGGGGAGCGGGUGGAGGCGGUGCUCUCCGUGUCCAAUCGCAGUGUGCAGAAGCUGGAGACGGCAGGGCAGGGCGACCUCCCCAAGACGGGCACAGACAAGGACAGAUGCACGUGCGGUGGCUCUGCAUCCUUCAGCGUCGUGCUUCCACUCCGAAAAGGCGACCGUGUGGCUGUGGUGCGAACCGCUGGAAAGCUGGCCGUCUCCGAGUCCAGGGAGAUCCUCUCCACCUUCAGCGGCAUUUUCCUCUACUCGCCUCAAUCCAGCAGAUAGCCCCGUCAGACAGCCAAGACCCCGUCAAGGCCCGUUCAUCAGGCCAGGGCUAUUCAGUUCAACUCCCUAAUCAGACUGAAGUCCAUCGUCAGGCUGGGAACAAUGCAAUAAAUCCAGCUUGGCCUCACAAAAUGGUCAAUACAGCCAACCUCCUAAAUUGAACAAUGUGUUGACACUCAGCUUUUAUUGCUUUGCUUUCACAUGAAUGUGCGCCAAAAUGGUUUAGUAUUUUGAUGUUCAUGUAUUUUUUUCUUCAUUAGAGAUCACUUAUCUCCCUAUUUUUACAAUGUAAAAAGUGGGAUUAUAUUUUAACAACUUAAAUUAACCUAUAUUUUAAUGGUGUCUUGUCUGGACUGUAAAAUUCAUUAUCUGAGCGAUUCUGACCACACUAUAGUCAUUAAGUUUGUGGUUGUAGGCAAUUUCAUAUCUGUAAAAACUAUGGUUUUACAGUGUGGCAAAAAGAGAUUGCAAAAGGACAUCAGACCCAAGUAAUAUCCUUGUCAAUUAUUCACCAUUUCUUGCAAAAGUAUGUUGUGGAUCAGUGAAACGAAACCACAACCCAUUACAGAAAACACGCAAGCAGCUCCUUCGCGAUCUUUCCAGGAACAGGGUGUGGACAGCAUUUCCCUAACCCUUCCCCAAGGAGAUCAGAUCCAUUAUUUCCACACACACUCACACACACUUACACACACUCACACACCAUAAAUGGCCACUUCUUGGAAUACUGCAUCAUAUCCAUUUGGACCUUUUCUACGGCAGUGUGAAGUCAUCUGAACGUAAUGCAACCACAGCCUCAUCUGCCAGGUAAAUGGUUGGGAAAAGACGGUGUGUAUAACAGCCUGGUAUCAGUGCAAUGACGCACAGACAGUGAAGCACCGAAGCAAGUGGUCCCAAAGGCAUUCUGUUGACAUUUGGUUCUCAGAAAAGAAAUUGAAAUGACAAUAAAAUAGUUAUUUUUAAAA